AUGGAAUUGAGCACGGUGAAGGUCAUACUGGUACUUGCCCUACGUUGGGGAGUACCAGCAAGACAUGGUGACAUACCUAACGCCUACGUGAAGGCGAACAAAGAGGAACAUUUGGAGAUUUUUCUUGCCAUACCUCAAGGCAUGACUGUACCUGAUGUGAUUUUGAAGCAAUUUGGAACACAAGGCAGCGACAAACUGGCGCUCAGGCUUAAAAAGUCGCUUUACGGCCUUAAACAGGCGGGUCGUCUUUGGAGCAAAUUGCUGGACACGAAACUGGUCGAGGCUGGUUUUAGUCGAUGCGUGUCUGACGCAUGUCUGUAUUUCAGACACGAUGGAGGCGAGCUGACAAUUGUCGGGGUAUAUGUUGAUGAUUUGUUGGUGACAGCGACAAGUCAGGACAAGGUGGAAGAAUUCUUUAAAGCGAUGAGUGUCCUCUCUAUUAAGGAUUUGGGUCAAGUUAACAAGUUCCUGGGCAUGAGGAUGGCUCUAAAGGACUCGAAGACUUACACUGUCGAUCAGACUACGGCGAUCGAUGAGAUGCUAAAUCAACAUGGUCUGGAUGCAGCAAACGGCGUGAGGGCGCCCAUCGGUGACGACAGCAACGACGAUGUGUCAGAAGGUGUGUACCUGUCGGCAAAUCGGGGCAAGAAAGGCGAGCCUACUGUCCGAAACUUUCAGUCUUUAGUGGGUAGCCUUCUAUGGAUUGCCCGGUGUUCAAGGCCUGACAUUAGCUUCGCGGUUCACAGAGCCACAAGACGUACGCACCAGCCCACUGUCAGCGACUGGAAGCUGGCAAAACGCGUCGCGAGAUACCUGAAGACAACAAAAGACAUGAAACUCAAGAUGAGCCUCGAAGAUGAGAAAGAUGUUAUCACGGUGACAUGUUGGAGUGACUCAGACUUCGCGGCAGAUAAGUCCGACCGCAAGUCAAUAACCGGUGGAGUACUUACGGUGAGUGGAGUCAUCGUGCAUUGGAUCUGCAAAAAGCAGACCGGAGUAUCCUUGUCUACCAUGGAGGCCGAGUUUACCUCGGCGUCGCACGUUGGACGAGAGCUGCUGGGAUUGCGAGAAUUGCUGAAGGAGAUUGGACUUCCUGUGACGGAGCCAAUGAGCAUGCUAAUGGACAAUCAAGCAGCAAUCAAGAUGUUAGAGUCUGAAGGAAGCAUGGCGAGUGCGAAGCACGUGGAUGUGCAGAUGAAAUUCAUCUGCGAUUAUGCUAAAAAGGGUAUCGUCAAACCUGAAUUCGUCGAGUCGAAGUUGAUGAAAGCAGACCUGUUGACGAAGACACUGCCGGCGCCAAGGGUCGCGGAGCUACGCGAAUUGUUUAACCUUGUUUGA